GUCGGAGCGGGCAGCGAGGGGCGGCGGGCUGGGCGCGCUGCAGCGCCGCUGGGAUCUGCCGGGCGUGGGGGUGUGCGCUGUGCUGCCGUCCUUUGUCUCGGCUCUGCGCUAAAGGAACACAGCGGUGGUGCUGCCGGCUUGAGUGAAGUGCUGAUAAGUCUCUACCUGUGUGUGAUACAUCUUUCCCAUGAGGAGAACUGACAUUCAAGUGUUCACUGCUUUCUUGCAUGUGGUUGUAGUCUAUAAAAGCUAACCAAAGGAAGAGGAGCAAUUGUUUGCAGCCAGGAGAUUUCAACGAUCCCAAGACAAAAGUUCUGCAGAAAUGACCUCCUGUCAAGUCACUUUUGAAGUAAAAGGAUCAUCAGCACCAGGAGAGGUUUUUGCAAUAUGUGGGAGCUGCAGUGCUUUAGGAAAUUGGAAUCCCCAGCUUGCAGUGGUCCUCCAGACUCCGGAUGAUGUGCCUGUGAAAAGAUGGAAAACUACUGUAGAGCUUCCUAGAGGAGUUCCUGUUCAGUAUCGGUAUUUUAAAGGAUACUUUCUAGAACCUAAGACUAUCGAUGGUCCCUGCGAAGUCAUAGUUCACACGUGGGAGACUCAUCUACAACCACGAUCAAUUACCCCUUUAGAAAAUGAAAUUACUGUCGAUGAUGGAAACUUUGGAAUCUGUAAUGGUAUUGAAACUGUGGAUGCUGGGUGGCUGACAUGUCAGACAGAAAUAAGGCUACGUCUGCAUUAUUCCGAGAAACCCCCUGUACUGAUUUCUAAGAAGAAAUUUAAAACAUCAAGGUUUAGAGUAAAAUUGACCCUAGAAGGGCUAGAGAAGGAUGAUGAUGAAGAGGGCCAAGAGAAGACAUCCCCUACUGUCCCUCAGAAAAUGGCAAACACGGUGGAGUUCUCCUUGAUCAGUGACAACGACUACAAAUGUCGGCACUCUCAGCCAGACUGUGGCUAUGCUUUGCAGCCAGACCGAUGGAUAGAAUACAUAAUACAAACCAUGGAGCCUGAUAACUUGGAAUUAAUAUUUGAUUUUUUUGAGGAAGAUUUAGGUGAGAAGGUGGUACAAGAUGAUGUGCUCCCAGGUCACGUAGGCUCUGCCUGCCUCCUGUCAUCCACAAUCGCAGAAUUUGGAAGGAGUGCUGGAGUUCUUACACUGGCUAUCAUGAGCAGAAAUCCAAGGAAAACAAUUGGAAAAGUUAGAGUGGACUACAUCAUUAUCAAACCCAUCCAGGGAUACACUUGUGAUAUGCAGGCUUCAUAUGCAAAGUACUGGAAACCAAGAACAACUCUGGAUGUUGGACACAGAGGAGCAGGGAAUUCUACAACAACAGCUAAGCUUGCUAAAGUUCGAGAGAACACCAUUGCAUCCCUGAGGAGCGCUGCCAGUCAUGGAGCAGCAUUUGUGGAAUUUGAUGUGCAUCUUUCUAAGGAUCAUGUGCCUAUAGUAUACCACGAUCUCACAUGUUGCAUGUCCAUGAAAAAGAAACUGGACACGGAGCCUUCGGAACUGUUUGAGAUUGCAGUCAAAGAACUCACAUUUGAUCAGCUGCAGUUAUUAAAGCUGGCUCACGUGACGGCCCUGAAGUUAAAAGAUCACAAUGCAUCUUUUAAAGAGGAAGAGAACUCUGCUUUUGAGAUGCAGCCAUUUCCUUCUCUGCAAACAGUCCUGGAGUCUGUUCCUAAAGAUGUUGGGUUCAACAUAGAAAUAAAAUGGAUCUCCCAGCAAAGGGAUGGACAGUGGGAUGGCAACUUGUCAACUUACUUUGAUAUGAACACUUUUCUAGAUAUUAUUCUGAAAACUGUUUUGAUGAAUGCUGGAAAAAGAAGAAUUGUGUUUUCUUCUUUUCAUGCAGAUAUUUGUACAAUGAUCCGACAUAAGCAAAACAAGUAUCCUGUGUUAUUUCUCACCCAAGGGGAAUCUCAACUCUUCCCAGAGCUGAUGGAUCUCAGAUGUCGCACAACUCCCAUUGCCAUUAACUUUGCACAGUUUGAAAACUUGCUGGGAAUUAAUGUGCAUUCUGAAGACCUGCUGAGGAAUCCAUCAUUUGUUACACGGGCCAUAUCCAAAGGCCUGGUUAUCUUUUCAUGGGGCGAUGAUGCAAAUGACCCGGAUAACAGGAAGAAGCUGAGAGAAUAUGGUGUUCAUGGGUUAAUAUAUGACAGGAUAUACGACACAAAUCCUGAACAACCAAAUGUAUUCCAGGUGGAGCAGCUGGAACGUCUCAAGAAGGAGCUGCCGGAGUUGAAAAGCUGUUUGUCCCCCUCAGUUAGCCACUUCACACCCAUAGCUCCAUGUAAAUGCCAUCAUUGUUACCUGGAAGAGAAGGCUGUAGAUAACUUGAAGAGUGUUCAGAUGCAGAAGGACUAAUUGUAGGCAGAAUGCUGUUUUGUAUCUAUAGAAUUUUCACCAUUGGAAUAGUUCUGUCUAUGCUUUUAGGUUGGUUUGGUUUAAUUUUAAGUCUUCAAAUAGCAAUAACUGUGUUCCUCCUUCCUGACAGUACUGAGUGAAAUUUCAAACAACGUUAAAAUAUUCAGCCAGUAACAGUUAUUGUUCCAAAUUACAUGUACAAUUUUAACUUUUUCCUCACAUCCUAUCAAGUCUUGAAAAAGAAAAUUAUUAUUAUAUUAUUUUGCUUUUUUAAAAACCAAAAAUUAAGUAGUCUCAGUAGUGAGAGCUCAGAAGCUAAACUGUAGAGAAAUUACAAUAAUCUGAUAUUGAAUAUGCUGAAAAUUUGUUUUGAUUUUGAUUUUACUUACAGGCUGACAAGCUGUAGCAUUUAUCUGACAGCAGGAAAUUGAGUGGUUUUAAGAUACAUAUAAAUAGAUCUGGCCUAUAAAAAGAUCUGAACAAAUUGGUACCUCAUGUAUAUGUAUUUGCACUGGUAGAUCCACCUGUACAAAGCUUUGUGCCAUUUUAAAAUAUUUUAUUUUUUAGCAAACUGCAGCUCCUUUUCCCCCAUUUCAUUGGACAUUGAGGCUGCUGCCUUUGUUUCCUCAGCCCCCAGUUCAGGGGCACAGCAAUCAGGGGGGAAGCACGAGUACAGGUUUUUCAUUAAUCACACACACGCCUGCUAAACUUUAAAAAUGUUGCUAAUAAUCAUGACAGAAUUUACAGAAACAUCUUCAGUGGUCGAGAAUCUUUUUUGCACAGUAACCUUAAUGAAGAGUAUGUACCCUGCACAAACUCUACAAAAUGCAUGCUUUAUCUAUUAAGCAUGAAUUUUAGGUGUUUGCUGAGGUCCUUGCAUCUUUAUGGUGCUAGUUAUGUGUGAAGGGUGCAAGGACCAACUCAACAACUUAAUCUCCUUUGCCUGAGAAACCACAAGCCUGUUAUUCACAAACAUUUGGAGAAGAGGCUAUACCAUACGUGGUAUGUAUGUAUACCAUAUGUGGUUUGUCUUACUUACUUAUAAUGCAAGCUACUGGCUUUUGUAUUUUGCAAAAUUUUUGGCUUUUACCAUGGAGCAAGAAUCACAAGUGUACUGGAUUCAGAUAAUCAGUAUUCUGUUGGCUGGUAUCUAUCCUGUGUAAUUUAUUACAAAUUCAUAGUUUAGAGUUCUUAGUAGAUAAGUAUGCAUGUCCCUUCUCCUCCUGAUGUUGCAGGUCAUGCCAACACAACAGCUGUAACUUUCUACUGAAAUGUUAAUGUAUAAUAAGAAUGGAAAAUAUUUAUUUUUUUUCUCUUGUAAAUCGACAAUGAAAACAAUAGUAUGUACUAUAUUCUUUAUAUACAGUCAUUGCUACAUAUAGAACUGAUUGUACAAAGAGCAAAGCCAUUGCAAAUAAGUGCUUGAGCCUGCACUGCUGAGCAGUUUGAAA